AUGGCCACACAUCCCUUCGUCAAAGACCCUGAAGUGCAGCCCUCCUUAUUCCCUUUGAUUUUUAAUGAACCAUUCUGCAUCUGCCAUGACGAUGUUACCAAUUCGAUACUAUUAAAGAUAUUAGUGCGCAUGACAUCAUUCAUCUUACCAUAUUCUCAUGACAACAAAGUACUACCUACUACCGCAUGGAUCCAAAUUUCCGGUUCUUGUCCGGGUUUCCUCCGAGAACAUUCUAUCGUAGUUCCUGAUCUGACAGCGCGCCCUCUCGCGUCUUCGGGCUUUUGUUAUACGCCUGCUGAUCGCUUACUGGUGGAAAAGGUGCCAGGUUCUCAAAGUACAGGCUUAGACCCGUUGCUCAUUGCCUACUACUACCUGGUAGCAUUUCCUGUCCCCCUCGGCCGAUAG